ACCGUGGACCCUUCACUGCCUGAAGUCCCCUCUGCAGCCAUGAUACCAAGACUCCUUCCUUUCUUUGCCAGUCUACUUUUUGCAGCCCUGCUGUUUCCAGCAGGCCUGUCCAAUGCCUCGUCCAUUAACCACUUAGUCACUGAACCUCCCAGUUUCCCCAAGGACGAAUUUCCUGCUCGAGGAGUAAAUGGGUCUCAGUUGUUACAUCACAGAGUGAAACGAUUACCUCCACGCACCCCCCCUUACCACGGUAAGUCAAGCACCCAAGAUCAAGGCAAGUUCAUCCACUUGGGAAAUACUGAGCGCAUGUGAAAGUGUGGAUGGGAUGAGGUGAGCAUCACUGUUUGUGGAGACAUGGCAUGGGUGGUUCAGUCUUCCCGAGAUGUCAGGAAAGUCAGGAGAUCCUGCAGCUUCUGCUGAAACUGGAUCCUUGAGGGACUCAGAAACAUAGGAGUAUUGAGGGGCCAAGAGAUGAGUUGUCUAAGUUCACUAUGGUAACAUCCUGCUGGAUUCAAGCAGUAACCAGAGGAGAGAGUCUUCUCCUACCUAGUUUCUUGUUCCCCCAGCCUUGGAGGUCAUUUUCUCAGUUGGAAUUUGUUCAAUACUUGCUAAGUUCGGGUGUCAGAUGAAGUUCUGGCAGGUUUCCUGGGGAAGCAGGCAGAGGACAAGCUGAGCUAUUUACUACCUCCUGUGGGGACAGAUACAAAGAAGUGGUAAACUGCCAGAAGCUCAAGCAUUCUUCUGAACUCUUCUGGCAUAACCAGGCUUCUUCUCUAUCCUCAUGUCCUACUGCAGAGGCAGCUCCAAAUCCACAAAGACUGAAGGAGUUGGCAGCUCCUGGAAUGCCCUUAAUCUCAAAGUCAUUUCUCACUCAGAGACAAGGGUCAGUGGACACGGACAACAAUUAAAUGCUGGCAAAUAUCUGAUGAUAUUCAGUAGAUACAGUCCCAUCAACUCUAAGUACUUCCUUACCCUAUCAUAAUCUCUGCUUUCUUGGAAUUCACCUCCUGUUUCAAAGGACUUAGUUCACUGAGGGAACAGAAAAAGGAAAUGCAGUUGUCACACCACAAACAUAGGCAGGCACAAUGGUGGUCAUAUGUUCUUUCUGAUAGUAUGCUGUGUGGCAAUAUUACAAUGCUAUUUUUUUAAUAUAGGAAAUUAGGAGGCUUUGAAGGAACAGAGCACUGUCUGGACUUGUGUUCAUGGGUUAGAAUUUGAAAUUAUGAACAUGACAACCUAUUUCAUAUGUAUGCCAUCCCCCACAUCAUAGCCUUAUUUUAGAAAUGACUCCUGACUCAUUCUUGGCAUAAUCUUAUGAUACUAAUUUGGAUUUUCCUUUUUACAGAGCCUGAACCAAAUUACCAAAUUGUCAACUGCAAGAAAAGUGAAGGACAAUGUCAAGAAUACUGUAAUUUCAUGGAAACACAAGUGGGCUACUGUUCAAAAAAGAAAGAACCCUGCUGCUUACAUCCGUUCUGAUGUUGCUAAUCACUAAAGCUGAAGUGACCUGCAAACCUGUCAGCUCUCCUGAACUAUCAUGUCCUUCCAGGUGUGGCUACAAUAGAGAAGAGCCUAAACAGAGGAAGGCAUCUCUAUCCAUGUCCAGCCACCUAAGCCUCUUAUUAUGACAAAACUAAACAACAAAGGCUUUGUACACACUAUCUUACCAAAGGCUUGCUUAAUUCAGACACAUCUCCAAAGUCAUACCAUUUAUGCUGGAAUAAACCUUCAUAGGAAAGC